AUGGGUUUUUUUAAAAGAAAGCAUGAUAGUUCUUCUUCUCAAGAUCCCGAAGAAACAACAAAUGUAGAUAAUACCCCUGCAUCUAGUAUUCCGCCUAUUGAAAACCCUUGUAAGAAAGCUCAAAUUGAAAGUAAUGAUAUUGAUCUGGGUACACUAGAACGAGACCCUGCUUUGCGUCAUCAAAUUUAUGAUUAUCCUAUCAAUCAACAAGAUACAAUUCGACGAGCUUACAUGAAUCUUGGUCUUCUUCAACCUACACUUUCUAUGUUUCCAAAAUCUGGACCAGAAAGUUAUAAACGUAGCUUUCAAGCGUCUUGGUAUAAGUUACAUCCCUGGAUUGAAUAUUCAAAGACCUUGGAUGCAGCAUUUUGUUUCCCUUGUUUUUUAUUUAACAAGCCAUCCGGGCUCGGAUACUACGGUCAACGAGCAUUUACCAUAGAUGGGUUUCGAAAUUGGAAAAAGGUGGGUGGGAUAAAAUGUGGCUUUUUGAUGCAUAUGGGAACCGAUUGUACAUCUUUCCACAAUGUUGCACAAAAGGGAUGGGAUCAUUUAUGUAAUGAGGCGCAAGAUAUACGAAAUGCAUAUGAGAAGUUCACAACUGAAGAGCGUGAGAAAAAUAGAUUGAGAUUGACGGCUUCUAUUUAUUGCGUCCGUUGGUGUGCCUUUCAAGAAGUUGCAUUUAGAGGCCACAACGAAAAGUCCGAUUCCAUUAACAGAGGGAAUUUUCUUGAAAUGUUGGAGGCACUUGGUGAGUUUAGCACCGAGCUUAAAGAGUUAUUUUGUCAUGCUCCCAGAUAUGCAUCAUAUACAUCACCGUCGAUUCAAAAGGAAAUUUUGAAUCUUAUAUCAAAUAAGGUGAGGCAAAUGAUUUGUGAGGAAAUUGGUGGUCGUCCCUUUUGUUUACUUGUUGAUGAAGCACGGGAUGAGUCUCAUAAAGAGCAAAUGUCUCUUGUUUUGAGAUUUGUUAAUAAAGAGGGUUUCAUUAUAGAACCUUUUUUUGGACUUGUUCAUGUACGUGACACUACGGCACAAACGCUCAAGGAUGGAAUCUAUUCUUUGUUGUCACAUUACAAUCUUGAUGUCAAGUCUAUUCGUGGACAAGGGUAUGAUGGUGCAAGCAAUAUGCGRGGUCARUUCAAAGGUUUGCAAGCCUUGAUUUUAGAAGAUUGUAAAUACGCAUAUUAUGUUCAYURUCUUGCUCAUCGGUUGCAAUUGGCAUUAAUGGCCGCCUCUCAAGGAGUUGUAGCACUACGUAAGUUUUUUACAACGUUGUCUUUUGUUGUCAAUGUUGUUAGUGCUUCUUUCAAACGCACUGACCAACUACGAGAUGCACAAGUCGAGCAAAUUGCAUACUUGAUUUCUGUUGAUGAAUUAGAGACAGGUAGAGGUCUCAAUCAAAUUGGUACAUUACAACGAGCCGGAGAUACUAGAUGGAGUUCUCUUCUCAGAUCGGUUUCUAGCCUAAUCAAGAUGUUCAAUCCAACUUGUGAGGUUUUGCUUAAAAUUUUUGAGGAAGGAACUGGGCCAAUCAAAGGAGAUGCAGAUUCGGCAUAUGAGGCUAUGACGACAUUUGAGUUCAUAUUUAUCUUGCAUCUCAAAAGAGAAAUAAUGGAGAUCACUGAUAUWCUUUGUCAAGCUUUACAAAGGAAAGAUCAAGAUAUUUUUAACUCAUUGAGGGAACUAGCUGAAAAGAUUAGUUUGAAGGAAAUUGUGGAAGAGUUCAAGGUCGCGAAAGAUAGACGGGUUCCACUUUGA